GCCCAGGACAGACCAUGCAAUCCUUCCUGGUCCUCGUCCUCUUGGGAGGAAUACUCUGCAGUUUCCAUGGUGUACUUUCAGAGGAGUUUAGUGGCCUUGGUACAGGCUUUUUCUCCAUUACUAAGGAUAAGCCUGAAGACACUGUGAGGGCUCUGCGGUUCUUUUUUGGACCAUUGGGCUUCUUAAAAGCCGUGCAGGUAAAAAUAAAUGAUCAGUGGAGUUCCAGACACGGAGUCUUAGGGGGCAGAGCACAAGAUAUCAUACUCUGGGACGGAGAAAGCAUAACAAAAGUGUCAGGCCAGGGUGGGCUCUGCAUCCGUUAUUUGGAGAUCGAAACCAGCACAGGGAGAAUUUUUAAACUCGGAAAGCCUGUCGGCAAGAAGUUUGACGAUUCCCCGCCUUAUGAGGAUAUGGAGCUCAGUGGCAUCAAAGGUGUACAUGGGCUUAUAUGUAUCAAACAAUUGAAAUGUGACUGGUCAUACAUUUAUGAAGUACCCACCACAACUGAAAUAACUUCGCCAACUGUUGAUCCCCUUCCCGAAGACACCUCAGCUGUGACUGAUGAAAGCACCUAAGGGCUUU